CGACACCGCCACGCGCCGCUGCUGCUGGAAUCGCUGACCGGAGCUGGGGGGGGACGUUGGGGGUUCGCCGCCGUGGGCGGCGGGUCGGGUCGGGUCGGUCGGGUCCGGUCCGGGGAAUGGCGGCGCCGAGCCGUUGGGGCCAGGGGGUCGCCUUGUUCCUGUGGCGCCGGCGGCUCCUUCUGGUCGUGUGGAGCUGCUGCUGCUGCUGCCUCUGCUGCUCGGGCAGCCUGGCUCUGUCCGGCCCCGAGGUGAACGUGUACAUGAGCGUGGAAGAAGUGCGCAAACUGAUCGGUCUCGAUGCAGAGUUAUACUAUGUGCGGAAUGAUGUUGUUAGUCACUAUGCACUCUCUUUCUACUUGGUUGUUCCGGGGGAGACCAACAGUCUUCACUUUACUUGGCAUGCUAAAUCCAAGGUUGAAUACAAGUUGGGUUUUCAAGUCGAUAACCUUGCAGCUAUGGACAUCCCCCAAGCCAAUAUUUCUGUGCAGGGAGAGGUUCCACGUAUCAUGUCAGUAUUUCGAAUUGAUCUCUUCUGCACAGGAAAAUUUGAUUCAGAGGUCACAAUGGUAAUGCAACUUAACCUGACCGUUAAUUCUUCAAAGAACAUCACAGUACUGAACUUCAAACGUAGGAAAAUGUGCUACAAAAAACUUGAACAGGAAGAAAAAAUUCCUCUUUAUGCAGGAAAAAACAGCAGCAAAGAUGGAAGGGCUUCCUUUGAUGCUGUGAACGCAGCACCCACUACCUCCACCCGUGUGUUCUACAUCAGUGUUGGAGUUUGCUGUGCAGUCAUAUUCUUGGUGGCAAUAAUACUAGCUGUGCUGCAUCUGCACAGUAUGAAGAGAGUGGAACUUGAUGAUAGUAUGAGUGACAGUGCAAGCUCUCAAGGCUUGUCACAGCCCUCCACCCAGACCACACAGUAUCUGAGAGCAGACACACCUAACAAUGCUGCACCUGUAACCAGAAGUGAUCUGAAGGAACUUGCUGGGUGCAGCCCUGAAGAAGAAAGGCAAAAUGGCGUUACCCAAGCUUCCAAAAAGUCAGGUAAUAAAGAAAUAUACCUGAACUUGGAAGUUUCUCGAUUACCAGAGGACCAUCCACUAUUAAAACAUACAGGUUAUCCAACACUUAGGAUAGAAAAGAAUGACCUUAAAAGUGUUACACUAGUGGAGGCUAAAGGCAGAGUGAAGGACAUCGCCAUCUCCAGAGAGAGAGUCACACUCAAAGAUGUUCUUCAAGAAGGUACUUUUGGUCGUAUUUUCCAUGGGGUUUUAGUUGAUGAAAAAGACUCCAGUAAGGAAAAAUAUGUCUUCGCUAAAACAGUGAAAGAUCAUGCAUCUGAAGUGCAAGUUACUAUGAUGUUAACAGAGAGCUGCAAAUUGCGUGGCCUCCACCAUCGAAAUCUCCUGCCAAUUAGUCACGUUUGCAUAGAAGAUGGAGAGAAACCUAUGGUACUGCUGCCCUACAUGAAUUGGGGAAACCUGAAACUUUUCCUUCGACAGUGCAAGCUUGCUGAGGCCAACAACCCACAGGCAAUAUCCCAACAGGACCUUGUACAUAUGGCCAUUCAGAUUGCCUGUGGGAUGAGCUACCUUGCCAGGAGAGAAGUUAUACAUAAAGACCUGGCAGCCCGAAAUUGUGUCAUUGAUGACGGCCUACAGGUGAAGAUUACAGACAACGCAUUGUCUCGAGAUCUCUUCCCUAUGGACUACCACUGCUUAGGAGACAACGAAAAUAGGCCAGUCAGGUGGAUGGCACUUGAAAGCCUUGUUAACAAUGAAUUCUCCAGUGCAAGUGAUGUGUGGGCAUUUGGAGUAACGUUGUGGGAACUGAUGACUCUGGGACAAACACCAUAUGUUGACAUUGAUCCUUUUGAAAUGGCGGCUUAUCUUAAGGAUGGCUACAGAAUAGCUCAGCCAAUCAACUGCCCAGAUGAACUCUUUGCAGUGAUGGCCUGCUGUUGGGCCUUGGAUCGUGAAGAGAGGCCAAAGUUCCAGCAACUGGUACAGUGCCUGACUGAAUUCCAUGCGGCGUUAGGGGCCUACGUCUGAAAACAACGAUGUGGUUUUGCCUAGAGUUCUCAUGACUCUAAAAACAGAGUUCAGAAUAAAAGAAAAGAAAAAGAGUGUUUUUUCUUCCAAAGCAGAGUGCCUUGAAAUACUUUUAUAACUUUUUUAACUAAAGUAUCUUGAUAAUGUGAGUACUGGUAUUAUAGCACAGUAUCAUGUUUACUUUCCUUGUCUGAACUGAGUAAGACUUUUAGUAAACUUCAAGCCUGGUCGAGUUUCCUGGGGUAUCUCAAGUAUAACGGACAGAAAAAGGUGAUCUUGUUUGGACUUCGCACUCCAUUCCUCAGCUUCUACUCUGCUGCCUCUCAUUCGGAACCAGAUUUAUUUAUCGGUUUUUGAAGAUUUGAUACCUGCUGCUUUUUGACGUUACAGAGCAAUUUCACAAAGUGGAUCACAGCUUCAGCAAAACUUCAGUUCAGUCUCCACAGCAAUCAGAAUCCAUGUUGAUUCCUGAUUUUUAAUGUAUUUUUGUGGAGCAUGGGCAACUAAGUCCAUUUUUUCACUUUGAAGUAUGCAAUCUGUUCCCUUUUUGCUUAAUAUAAAAGACUGACUUGCACUGGAAAAGGUAGUUGCAUAGCGACUAGACAUCCAGCUUUUUACUCCAUCUCCAAACUAGGUACGUAGGGUAUUUUGCAUUUUAGCACUUCGUGCCACAGUAGAACAUCCUCUUCGUCUCCACCCAGUUGCAAAAUGACAAUCCAUUGUCUAACUUUCAUAUUCUAUUUUUGACCUUUAACGUGGAAGCCUGCUGUUCAGCGGUACGAGGUGUUUGGGAAAAUAGGUUUGAAUUCCUUGCCUUGUAAAUCCAAACCUUGUAUAUAUUUUAAAUGAUUUGUCGGCUAUUUCUAGUUUUUACCUGGUGUUCAUCUUUGUACAAUGUAAAAUGCAGAGGAUAUGAUUAAUAAAGCAGAGAAAUCUUUCUGAUUGA